CAAGCUGCUGCUCCCGAGCACAGCUUCGCCGAAUAUCUCUUAAGCGGCUUAGAGCUGCUGCUCCGCUUUAUUACCUGAGCGCCUUUGUGCCUGCGGGGUGGCUCAGAGCAUCCAGCCCGUGGGCAGGGACCCCAGGAGCCCCCCGCAUCCCUGCCUGCGUCCCACCCCUGUGCGGGCAGUGGUUUGCUCCGUGCACCUGCGGCUCGACGCAGAGCCACCACUGAAUCGUGGCCCCGCUGUGCAAGGCCGGAGGCACCCGCCUGCGGGGCCCGUCCUCGGGCAGGUGUUUGCUUUCCAAGCCCAGCAGCCGGCGCCUGUGGGGAGCGAGGGAUGCUGGAAGCGCAGUAGCCGAGCCAGAGAUGGAUGGAGUCGGCAGCAACAGGACCAUGUCUUACAGCAGAUGGAGUUACAACAGUGUUCUGGAUGAUGAGGGAAGCAGCCUGCGUCAGCAGAAGCUUGACAGGCAGCGAGCGCUGCUAGAACAGAAGCAGAAAAAAAAGCGCCAGGAGCCAUUAAUGGUUCAGUCCAACGUGGACAGUCGCACAAGAACACGCAGAACGAAACAUUCAGAAGAACAAGCGCCAUUGGUUGAAUCAUAUCUUAACAGCAACAGCAGCACCAUAUAUCAUGCAGUGCAGGAGGCCGAACAGGAAGAUGUAAAGGUGGUAGUGGAUGCCCAAGCUCCGAAAUCAACUAAAAAAGCCAAGGCAGCAGCUGCAAGCUGUCAGACUGGCAGCACCAGAAAGGAGAAAAAAGGGAAACACAAAGGAAUUGAUGGCCCAGCUGCUUUUCAAGAUGAUGUUCAGAAGACAGGAAGUCAAGUGCAGAUUCUCACGAUUGGACAAUCUAGCCAUGAUGAAGAUGAUGGAGAGAAGAUGGCCAGUGGCCAACAACAGCAAAGCAAACAGGAUCUUAGAACAGCAAUGCAGAAAAAGGAUCCCCAUGCAAAUACAUCCUGGUCCUCUUCCACCUCCCAAUCCAGUCUUGUCGCCCUGGAUCAUGUUCCUGGCAUUUCAAGCAGCAUGAAUUUUGAUGAGGAAGAGGAUGAGGAAGAUGAAGACAGCUCCAGCUCUUCACAGCUAAACAGUAACACCCGGCCUGGUUCUGCCACAAGCAAGAAAUCCAAUAAGGAAGCGGCCUCAGCCCCUAGUCCUUCCACAAAUGAGCCUCUCAUAGAUGUUGAUGACCUGGAGGAAUUUGCUGUAAGACCUGCUCCACAGGGUGUCACCGUCAAAUGCAGAAUCACAAGAGACAAGAAAGGAAUGGAUCGAGGGAUGUACCCUACAUAUUACCUCCACUUGGAAAGGGAGCAUGGUAAAAAGGUUUUUCUGUUAGCUGGAAGGAAGCGAAAGAAGAGUAAAACCUCUAAUUACCUCAUCUCCAUAGACCCAACUGACCUGUCUCGGGGUGGAGAGAGUUUUAUUGGAAAACUGAGAUCAAAUCUUAUGGGAACUAAGUUUACAGUUUAUGACAAUGGAGUAAAUCCAAUGAAAACAACAUCAAGCCUGGAGGCGAGUAUCCUGCGUCAGGAGCUAGCUGCUAUUUGUUAUGAAACAAAUGUCUUGGGGUUUAAAGGACCUCGUAAAAUGAGCGUGAUCAUACCAGGGAUGAAUAUGGACCAUGAACGAGUUUCCAUCAGACCACGAAAUGAACAUGAGACACUGCUUGCAAGAUGGCAGAACAAAAAUACAGAGAGUGUCAUUGAGCUGCAUAACAAAACUCCGGUCUGGAAUGAUGACACUCAGUCCUAUGUUUUAAAUUUCCAUGGUCGAGUCACACAGGCCUCAGUGAAGAACUUCCAAAUUAUUCAUGAUAACGAUCCUGACUAUAUAGUGAUGCAGUUUGGCCGUGUGGCUGAGGAUGUGUUCACCAUGGACUACAACUACCCAAUGUGCGCGCUACAAGCCUUUGCUAUUGCCCUUUCAAGUUUUGACAGCAAGCUGGCUUGUGAGUAAGGGGGUAUGGGAGAGCAUCCUCGCAGAGGAAGCCGUUUGCCAUAUGAUUCCUAAUUCCUGCUGGUGUCACCCAUGGUCCGUACUAAACAGGUCAGGGAAAAUGCAAUUGCGGAGGACCACUGGAUUGCUGGAGAGAAAGUAAAAGGAACCUUCUGAAAAUUCAGGACAUUCAGGAAAUGUUCUCCUUUUUUUUUGUCAUAUUUUUCUGGAAGUGGCAUCAAGUUUGUGUAAAUAGAGGUUCUCUCUCAUGUUCUUGAUGAUGUUAUGGAGAUGUGCCAUGAUGUACUGUACCGUGGCUCUAGUAGCACCAUUAUAACGGUGUGUCUUUUUUAAAUCCAGAAAGUGCGCUCUUGAAAAAUUUCUUUUUACGUUUAAGAUUUAUUCUGAGGCUGCAAUCGUACCUCAAGGUUGCAUUCCUACACUGAAUAAUCAGAACUUGACAUCGUCCAACAUGAAAGAUCACCAAAAAAAAAGCACCUUUUUGAAUUUGCAAGGAUCUCGUGUAGUUUAAAGCCAAGUCUAAGGGUUGAAAACCUAUACUGGACUGAAUUUGAUGCAUUACUAUUGUAUAUGUAGAAGGGCAUGAUGAAUUUUAAUCGCAGUAGGAGGAAAUGAAGAAGUAGAAAGCACAAAAUAAUGUUGCACAAGUCACUUGAAUUCUAAGCUGUCGUUAUGUUUUAACAUCUAUAUGCUUUUUAAAUUUUUUUCAAAUGAAAAUGUAUUGGGAGUACAGAAAAGGAAAAGGGAAACCUCUAGGUGCCAAGAAAGCAUAACUUAUGCUGAAUUUGGCAUGUUGCGUGUUGGGAAUUUAUAGCCUUGUAUUGCUGUGGUAAUUCAAACAUAUUUUGUAUGAAGUGAUAUAAACAGUUGGGUAAAGGCUUUCUGCAGAUAAUCGUAUUAUUUUAAGCAGGCUGUGUAAAGCUGAGGAAGGUAAAUGGAAAUAUUUUAUUAAAUUUGUCUGACCUUUUGCAAAUUUCA